AUGGUUAGCCCCGGUGGCCGCCACAUACAGCGGCGGCAGCCUAAACACCUUCCGGGCGUGAGCCGGGAAGAUUCCGACGACGAACUUGGGACCGACGAUCACCCGUGGGAAUGGAUCUACGAGCCCCGAGAGCAAGAGGCAUCGGCCUCAGCAGAGCCCGACCCGCAGUCCGUCGAGGGAGAGACGCCCGCAAGCUCCCGGAAGCGCAAGAGAGCACUCACCCAGCGACACAAGGACUUGCGGCCGAAAAUCAUCGGCGCUCGCAUGGGCGACUUUGAGUGCCAAUUGGGCGACACGGUUCUACUCAAGGCCGAAGGCUCUAACGAAGCCUGGGUUGGCAUCAUCUACGAGUUCCUCCACGACGAAAUCGAAAACGAGAAGACGGCCAACUUUAUGUGGUUCUCGAGCGAGAAGGAGAACGAGCUCUACAUGACCACCAACUUCGACGUCAACCCCCUCGCCGCCAUCAACGGCAAGGCCCAUGUCAUGUCGCCCGCCGUAUUCUCCCAGAAAUACCCCACCGGGAAAUUGCCGCGCAAGUCUAAGGAAUACGGCAAGGUCUUCAUCUGUCGUCGCGGAUGCAACUCAAAGACGUGCACGUACACUGACGAGUUCGUGUGGGAGGACAUCUAUCGUGGCGAAGACGAUAUUGAGGCAGUCAGGGAUCUGGUAGACAAUAACACCAAGGCAACACGCAGCCGUAGGCGGCAGCCGGCCAAGGACGAGUCACCCGAACGAGACUUUGCCCUCGGAACGGUCGAUAAGGACGACGAUGACGACGCGGAAUUUGGGUCUAUCAUGCGGACGCCUAAGAAGCGCCGCACCCGCGACGUGGCAGUUACGCCUACUAGCGGGAGACGCGGAGUCAAGGGCGGUAGCAAGCCCGCGACGCCGUCGUCGCAACGGCGCAUUCUGGUCAAGAAGCACCUCGAGUUUACGCCGCUGGCCACGCGGUUCCUGUCGCCACAGCAUGUGCAGUCGUCGCCUUACCAGCUGGCGCGCACGCAGCUGCAUGUAGCUUCGGUGCCCACCAGCCUGCCAUGUCGUGAGGCCGAGUUCAGCCUGGUUUAUUCGCAUCUCGAGGCGGCCAUCACGGACGGCACGGGCACGUGCAUUUACAUCUCCGGCACGCCGGGGACGGGCAAGACGGCGACCGUGCGCGAGGUGGUGUCUCACCUGGACGGGGCGGUGCGGGCAGACGAGCUCGACGACUUCAUAUUUGUGGAGAUCAACGGCAUGAAGAUCACGGACCCGCACCAGGCCUACUCACUGCUGUGGGAGGCGCUCAAGGGCCAGCGUGUCAGCCCGGCGCAGGCGCUCGACCUGCUGGAGCGCGAGUUCAGCCAUCCGUCGCCGCGGCGCGUGCCUUGCGUCGUGCUCAUGGACGAACUCGACCAGCUCGUCACCAAGAACCAGGGCGUCAUGUACAACUUUUUCAACUGGCCCGGCCUACGCCACAGCCGCCUGAUUGUCCUGGCUGUCGCCAAUACCAUGGACCUGCCCGAGCGCACUCUCAGCAACAAGAUCAGCAGCCGGCUGGGCCUGACCCGCAUCACAUUUCCGGGCUACAACCACGAGCAGCUGAUGCGCAUCGUGCAGAGCCGCCUUGAGGGCGUGCCCGGCAACAUUGUCGACGCCGACGCCGUGCAGUUCGCCGCCCGCAAGGUCGCGGCCGUGAGCGGCGACGCCCGCCGCGCCCUCGACAUUUGCCGCCGCGCCGUCGAGCUGGCCGAGGCCGACGCCGCCAAGUAUGCUGACCAGCCACCCGCAACGCCCAGCAAGCGCGCAACGGCAGGAGGAUCCCCGCUGAAAAAGGGGUCGUCCCGGCAACAGCAACAACAACAGGACGAGGAGGAGGCGGCCAAGACGGGCAAGAAAACAAAGAAAAAGGACUCGUCCUCGGCCGGCCGCGUCACCAUCGAGACGGUGCGCAGGGCCAUAAACGAGGCCACCAGCAACCCGCUCCAGCUGUACCUGCGCGCACUGCCGUUCGCCUCGCGGCUGCUGCUGGCGGCGCUGCUCCUGCGCACGCAGCGUACGGGCCUGGCCGAGAGCUCGUUCGGCGACGUGCUCGAGGAGCUGCAGCGCGUCGUACGCAUGCUAGCGAGCAGGGACGUGAGCCGCCCGCUGACACUGCUGCUGCGCCCCUCCUCGGGCCCGCACUCCGGCGCUGCGGGGACGGGGGCGGAUCUGCUGACGGCGACGACGAAGCAGAGCGACUCGGUCGCCAGGCAGAUGGUGCACCCCGCCGGCCUCAGCGCUGCCGCCGUCGACCUCGCCGGCGCCGGCAUCGUCAACCUCGAGGCCCAUAAGGCCGAGCGCCCUAGCAAGAUGCGCCUCGCUGUCGGUGACGAGGAGGUCCGCCUCGCGUUCCGCGACGAUCCAGAGAUCAAGGCUCUCGGUGUCGUGUUGUGA